ACGAAACGUAGAAACGUGAAAGUCAAUAGGAAGCAAGACCAGAACUUAAACAUGGCCGAUACAUCAAAGAAUGUUGAAAACUGCGAAGAGGAUAAUUCAGUCACUAUGCUGGAUGUUUUGCAAGAAGCAAACCAGCUUGAAGAAGAUGCCAAUGCUGUAUUAGGAGCAUCCGAUGACGGUAGCUGUACUUAUAAUAAGUGCAAAGCAGUCGAGAAUAAAGAAAACAAAUACAACCAAAACUUCAAGGGAGUCUACUGUACCUGUUCAAGACCGUACCCAGAUCCUGAAGAUACGAGUGAUGAUGAAAUGCUGCAGUGUGUGAUUUGUGAGGAUUGGUAUCACUCCAAGCAUUUGGGUAGUCCCGAAGAAGAGAUACCCGAGGACGAUUCAUUCGAGGAAGUUAUUUGCAAGGAUUGCAUGAGUAAGCAUGAUUUUCUCAGGAAUUACGCCGCCAAGUAUUCCUCUAGCAAAACAAAGAAGAAUUCUGUAAAUAACAAAGAGGAUGUUGACGUUACAAGCCCACCCUCAGAAACAUGUACAAUGCCAGAAAAACCGUCCACGGAAAAAACUGGAGCUUGUUUCUGGAUUGAAGGCUGGCGCUCAUUACUCUGUGUUUGUGAAAAUUGCAAAAAAUUGUACAAAGAACAACAGGUUAGUUUUCUUCUUGAUCCAACUGACAGUGUACAGGCUUACGAGGAAGCUGGCAAAGUUGGAUCCAGUGAGUCUCAGUAUGAAAAAGGCAUGAAAGCUUUGGCGUCGCUUGGACAUGUUCAGCAGGUGAACGCCAUCGAAGAGUACAAUAAUAUGAAAGAAAGACUGAAGGAAUAUUUACAAAAGUUUGCUGAAAAUAAAAAAGUCGUCCGUGAAGAAGACAUUAAAGAAUUUUUCUCAGGAAUGGCGUCUAAUAAAAAAUCUAAAGUUAUUGUACCAUCAUUUUGUCGCUAA